CUCAAACCAGCAGUCUACUAGAGAAGAUGGAGGAGAGGUUGAAAGUAAGCCUGCUGAUUUUCUCUGUGCUGUUGUCGGUUCUCAUUUAUCCACAUUACAUCAGUGGAUUUAACCUGGACCUGAAGAACUACACCGUGUUCUCUGGCCCAGAAGACAGUUACUUUGGUUUCUCUGUGGAUUUUUAUCAGUCAAGCAACAAAAGUAAAAGUGUGGUGAUCGGAGCACCCAGAGCAAACACGAGUCAGCCUGGGGUCUCUCGUGGUGGCUCUGUGUUUCUUUGUCCUUGGAUGUCAACUGGAAAAUCAUCUCAGACAUUAAACUUUGACCAGAAAGGUGAUGAAAAGAUCACAAGUGAUAACAAAAUUCUGAUGGCUCAUAAGUCGAACCAGUGGCUGGGUGCUUCAGUUCGGACCUACAAAGACUACAUCUUGGCCUGUGCUCCCAUGUUCCACUGGAAUGUGAUAAAGGAUGAAGAGGAAGCAAUGAACACGCCUGUUGGGAACUGCCAGCUUCUGAACAUGCAAACAGGACAGGUGGUGAAUUACUCCCCCUGCAGGGAGCUUCAUGUGGAUGCAGUUUAUAUGAGAGGCUAUCCUGACAGACGUUACUGUGAAGCUGGAUUCACUGCGGACAUCACCAAGGAUGGCAGAGUGGUACUUGGUGCACCUGGAGGUUAUUACUUCCAAGGUCAGAUCAUCACUGCACCUCUUCCAAACAUCAUGAGCAGCCAUUCCACCUUCUCUUCAAUCCACUUUGUAAGUGGAGAGAUCAUAACGCCACAAAGACGUGACUACUACGACCUUUACUUGGGCUACUCUGUUGCUGCUGGACAAUUCGAUGAAGACAGUAUUACAGAUUAUGUUGUCGGUGUCCCAAAUGAUCUGCACAACGCCGGCUCUGUCAAAAUAAUAAACGGUGCAACAAAUCCCAUGCAAAUCAUGAAGAGUCUUGCUGGAACCCAGAUAGCAUCUUACUUUGGCCAUUCAGUAACAGUGACAGACAUCAACAAAGAUGGGUGGGAUGACAUCCUGAUUGGAGCUCCACUCUUCAUGGAGCGACUGUCCACCCAGAAGUUUCGAGAAGUGGGACAGGUGUAUGUUUAUCUGCAAGGAGAGGGCUUCUUAUUCUCCUCCAAACCCAACCAGGUUUUGACGGGAACAUGGUCCUAUGGGCGUUUUGGCAGUGCCAUAGCAGCUUUAGGUGACAUCGAUUAUGAUGGCUUUAAUGAUGUGGCUGUGGGGGCACCUGGCGCUGGUGAAGGGGGUAAAGUGUUAAUUUUCCUGGGUCGGAGUGACGGUUUGGCCACCCCUUACGCUCAGGUCCUUGAAAGUCCCUUUCAGACCCUCAAAGACCCACCAAUGUUUGGCUUCAGCAUAAGAGGGGAAACCGAUAUUGACGAUAAUGGAUACCCAGAUCUUAUUGUUGGUGCUUGGGGUGUGAGCAAGGUGGCAACCUACAGGGCACAAGCUGUGGUGAGGACGCAAGCACGACUUUCUUUCUUCCCUGAUCUCCUGAACUCUGAAGACAAAUUUUGUCAGCUCCCCCAGAGCAGCACCUUCGUUACUUGCUUUAUAAUUAUGGCAUGCAUUAGAGUAUCUGGCCACAGAAUUCCGGAGGAGAUUGUGCUGAACACCGAGCUGCAGUUGGACAAGAUGAAACAGAGUAUGGCCAGACGAAGCCUCCUGCUGCAGUCCAACCAGCCGUUCGCUCUUUUACAGCUCUCUGCAGCGAGAAACUCAGAAGUCUGCACGAAUUUUACUGCCUAUCUACUGCCUGAGUUCAGGGACAAGCUUAGUCCAAUAUACAUCUCAUUCAACUACAGCUUGGCCGACUCCCAAGAUGCAGUGCUGCACGGACAUAGUGUCGCUGUCGGACAGACACGUAUAAUACUAGACUGUGGUCCUGAUAACAUCUGUAUCCCGGAUCUGAGGUUGAUGGCGAGGGCGUCAACAGAUCCAAUCCUGAUUGGAGAUGAGAAUCCGGCGCUGCUGAUUGUGGAGGCAGAGAAUCGAGGGGAGGGAGCUUACGAGACCGAGCUUUAUAUCACCCUGCCGCCACACACACACUAUCAGGGUGUUGUGAGCAACCGGGAGGACUUCGGUCACUUGGUGUGCAGUCAGAGAAAACAGAACGGGUCAGUGGUCGUGGUGUGCGAUUUGGGCAACCCCAUGGAGGCUGGACAUCAGCUGAAAGCUGGUCUUUACUUCAGCAUGGGUGGACUGGAACAGGUGGAGAACCACAUUACGUUCCAAAUGCAAAUAAAAAGUAAGAACAGCCAGAACCCAGACAGUUACCUGUUCCAAUUGCAUGUUAAUGUAAAAGCUGCAGCUUCCCUGGAGAUGCGUGGAGUAUCUUCUCCCAUUGACUGUGUCCUGCCCAUUGCUAAAUGGGAGGAAAAAGAUUAUCCAGAAGACUUGGAUGAAGUCGGGCCGCUUGUAGAGCAUGUAUAUGAGUUAAGGAAUAUGGGUCCUAGUUCUGUCAACGUUAAUCUUAAACUGGAGUUUCCAGUUGUACAAAACGGCUCCUAUCUGCUGUAUGUGUUUGCUAAUGCCUCUGAAGAUCUCCUCUCCUGUCAAACAGACUACACCAACGUCGACCCACGUGGGUUAGUAAAGAAGGAGUCCAACAACCUCACUGUAGCCCAAGUUCAUCAUUUCAACAAACGUGACCUGUCACAAAAACCAGAACAUGAACAGCUGUGGCAACAAACUGUCCAUGUGAACUGCUCGAAUGCUGACGAGUGUCUUCUGUUCGAUUGCAAGACUGUCGGACUGCAGAGAGAUGAAAGAGCUAUAAUAAGAGUGAUGAGCAGACUAUGGGUGCAGACCUUUCUACAAAGACCGUACGUAAACUACGUUCUUCACUCUAUUGCUCACUUUGAGGUGGUAGAUGUGCCCUCAAAGAUCCAACCUGCUCUGCUGCCCAAAGGAAACGCAGAGACACAUACAAAUAUAGUGUGGAGACGACCAGAUGGACAAGAGGAGGUGCCUGUGUGGUGGAUUGUGGUGUCAAUCAUUGCUGGACUGCUUCUUCUGGCUGCAUUGAACAUCAUUUUCUGGAAGGUGGGGUUUUUCAAGCGAAACCGUCCUCCUUCUGAUGAAGAUGGUGCUGACACGCAGCCGCUGAGUGGAGAGCAGACUGAAACAACUUGAGUUUUAUAAUGCUUUGAAGCUCUAAGUAGUUUUGGGCUUUUUAGUGUUGACCUUGGGUCAUCACAUAAGCCUUAUAAUUGCCAGUUAUUGUUUUUUAUCUAUGAAUUCAUACACACAAUCUCUAAUAAAGCUCAUACUUUUGCCUUGUGCAACAUAAAAAUCAAAUAUAAUUAUUGAUGAGUGCCAUUAUUGCAAAAUGACACCGUGUACUCUGUAGUUGAAAUAAACAUAUAUGCAUUGGGUGACCUGCCUAUCAGAAGAUGUGGGUCGUAUAGGUUUACAUACUGUAUACAGAAAUAGAAUUCAGUGGAAAACUGAUGCACUACUCAUUGAUCUCACAUUUAAAUGUAAUGAACAGCAAUGUCGAUAAAUCCUAAGGGCAUUCCCUCAUUAACCUUCGUACAAAUGGGGAAGAAUCAUUGAAUUGUAGAAAUAUCAGUUCACUUGUACAUGAAACAUGAGCAGAAUAGACAUCUGUGUAUCAUUCUAAAUAACCAAUAGCAUUUAAUUCUGUGUUACAAUUUACAAAAGCACAAAUUUAUAAGCGAUAUGCAUGCAUGUUUUAUGUAUGAGGUAAAUAAAUAAAUAUAUUAAUAAA